GAUUGGCUCCGAGCUAGGUCACGUGACUCUCUGUGUGGAAGGGGGAGGGUGACAACUGUGGAAGACAACGGUUUUAGCCGGCAUAUAGUCACAACGAUUAUAAAGGCUGAGUGCGAGAGUCGUGGUAGAAGUGCUUCUAGAGUAAUUUGGAUACCCUCUUUGUGCAAACGAGACACGCAGCAGGUCGCGAUGGGAGCCCGCCAGAGCAAGCGCUCGGUCGACAUCACCACCACGCCGAAGAAGGUCGAGGGCGACGAGCAGCCCCUGGACGGCCGCCUCGAGAAGAUCGAGGAGGCGGACCUGAAGCCCGCCGCCAACGGCGCCACGCACACGGAGCUGCAGGACGAGGUGAUCCAGAACGGCUCGGAGGCGGUGACGGAGGAGGCGGUGACGCCCAAGUCCGCGGGGGACGGCGACGGAGACGCCGACCCGCUGGAGCCGGCGCCCGCCGCCGACGCCGCCGCCCCCGCCGCCCCCGCCGCCGCGGACGACGAGGAGAUCAAGCCGGCCGAGGAGGACCAGCAGCAGCAGUUGUCGCCGGCGCCGCAGCCCCCCGCCGCCAACAAGGAGGCCGACGAAGCCAAGCCCAAGAAGGAGAAGAAGGACAAGGUGAAGAAGAAGUGGUCCUUCCGCAGCAUCAGCUUCUCCAAGAAGGACAAGAGCAAGCCGGCACGCGAAGAGGGCAAGAACGGCGACGUCAGCAAGGAAGGCGCGGAGCCCCUGGCGGAGGCGAAUGAAGAGAAGGCGGACAGCCCUGAGGAGAAGGCGGACGGACCGGCGCCCCUUGAGCCUGCAGUCACAAAGCAGGACGCAGUCCCAGUGGAGGGUUCGCCGGCUGCUGCGGCUGAGACCGAGCCCGUGACCCAGUCCCAGGAGCCUGUUGCUGUUGUGGAGACUGUGGGAAAGGAAGAAGUCGUGUCGGAUGAUGCGAAAAAUGAGAUUAAGACUGAAGAAGCUGUCAAAACUGAGCCUCCAAGUGAGCCACAGCCAGAGGUAGAGGGGGCCAAGGUCCCUGCGAUGGAGGAGGUGCCCCCACCCCUGCCGGCCAGCCCCCCUCCCGUGGAGGCCCCGGCUGUGGCCCAGGAGUCAGCCCCGGUCCCGGUCCCGGUCCCUGUCCCUGUCCCGGUGCUGGAGGCCAGCGAGCCAGAGUCUCUGCCCCCCGCUCCAGCCCCCACCCCCACCCCUGUUGAGCCGGAGGCUGCCAAGGAACAGGAAGCCCCGCCGGCUCUGGAGGUGGUCCAGAGCGUGGUGGAGACGCUGGCAGCAUCCCCCGCCGCGCCUGCCCCAGUCCUGACGGCGGAGGAAACCGAGGCCCCCGCCCCCCUGCAGCCGGCUGAGAAGGUAGACGAGACCCCUGCCACCCUACAGGCUCCCGAGGAAGAGAAAAGCAUGGAAGCAGAGCCGGCAGCAAUCGAGACUGAUAAGACAGAAUCUCAGCCCCAACAGCCAUCUACUGUUCCAUCUGUUGACAGCGCGGAUCCAAGCAAACAAACACCUCCAGUGGAAGAAUAAAGUGCGUGGAAUGUGCAUAAAUUGGAUUGUGAAGCCUCGGAGCAGCCGAGAGGACUUUUUGGACCAUUCUGUUAAGAUGGCUCGAGUGCGUGUGCUUGGAUGAUCCAAAACACAAAAGGUGGUGACUAUAGACUGCCUCGGAUUACAAACACGUGCGCUCUUUAUCACCACAUUCGGCAUGGCGUACUGCUUUUCAAGUUUUGCGUUUUGAGGACCAACAUCUUGAAAACAUUUUGUAUCUAGAAUUUUUUAUAUCUUAGAAUUUGUCUCCAUUUGAUUCAGGAACUCGUUAAAUUUGAAUGAAUAAGCACUGUAUUGUUAUUGAAACUUAAGAGUUAUUCCGUAUUUUGAGGCUGAUCUUAUAUAUGUCUUGAGAGUGGGGGGGAGGGAGGGAGGGAUAUCAGUAAAGUGACAAUGUGUAUGUAGUCAUUGGGUGGUAUAACUGAAAUGUUAUUGGACACUGACAAAUUUACAUUAUUUCUGUUUUAGUCUACAAUAAAGAAGCACAUCAUCAGUUUUCAUUCACUUUGAUUUUUGUAAUAUUAUAUAUUAAGGUAAUGUUUUACCUGUUAAGUAAGAGUAUAAAAAAUUGUGUAUAAAUAGAGAGGUUAAAGUUUGAAGAGAAUAUUGCUUGACGGUACAGCAUAGUUUUAGUAAUGGAAGAGUUUGUGCCCAUUUCUAAGCAGUAGAAGAUAAAUUUGCUAAAUAAAAUAUAACUGUAUUUAGAAAAAAAACGUGAGUAGGUAAAAUUUUUGUAAGGAAAUUUUUUAGUGGUUUUUGACAGUUUUAAAGAACUUUGUAUUUUCUUACAAAUGUUUUUGUAUGCUUACACUUUAAAUUUUGUACUUUUGGAAAAUAUUUGAUCUUUGCUUUCUUAGAUUUAGAAAGGUAAGUAUGUUGUGUAUUGCUAAGUUUCUUCCGAGUGCUUGUAAAAUUGUGUGUGUGUGUGUGUGUGUGUGUAUGAGAUCUCUAUGGCAGAUAGCAUAUUGUAGUAUGGAUGGCAGCUAAGAAUUAAUUAGCAAAGCACAAGGAAAAGUUGCAUAGGCCUAAUUUGCAGCUAUUGCAGACGUAUCCUAAGCACAACGAAGAUGUUAAAAUUUUAUGUGGCUAUCCCUGUUCAAUUUUAAUUUUUAGCUCGGUCAUCACCUUAAAAAUGUAAUUACCAUGCUCAACUAUAUCCUUUACUUGUCAUGUAUAUGUGUGUAUCAAAUCUUUAUAUGAAGAUAAAAUGUAAUGUAUUGUAAUGUAUGCUUGGAAUGGAUUUGUCUUAUAUACAUUGUUUUUUAAAAAAAAAGUCUGAUAUAUCUGUAAUCCCUUGUGUCAGUGUUAAUAGAGAUGAAAAAAAAAUAAAGGUUUUGAUGAUUAUUUAAGUUGGUGUUGGCACUUUCCAACACAUUUGUUGUACGAAAAGAUAUAUAUUGUAAGUGGAGAAGUGUGGUGUUUAAGCUUGUUCAUAUUGUAAUGCAUUAAAGUUUCUGAUAAAAUCUCUGGUGAUGGGCAACAUUGCCAUUUUCUUAUUACUAUUUGCUGUUAUUUCCUAUAUUUAUCGGUGAGUUAGAUGUACAGAUUAGUAUUUGAUGAACUCUUGUUAUUUUGCCAGGUUCUCAGUGGAAUAAAUGUUUUAUGUUAAGGGAGGAGCAGUGAUUUCAAAGCGAUUAUUUGCAGUGCCGACAUGGUCUGGUAUGAUGUACAGUUAGUUACAAGUGUACCAAAGAAGUGUCGUAACCAAUUCAAGCAAGUGCUGGAGAAGAUAGUGUGGAAGCAGUCGAUGAAUAUUAAAUAAUCAUUUUAACCUUAAAUGUAGUAAUAAUGCCAUUGGCAUUUUGAAGAAAAAAAAUUUGUACAGUUACUGUAAGUGAUAAAGACUUUAAGAAAACAUUAA